AUGGCAUCUAUCAUUAAUCUUUUGCUCGCUGCAGGUGCUGCAUUUGUGGCUGCAAGCGACGCCGAUAAUUUGAAAUCGUGCCUUCAGUAUGCAUUGACUGACAGUGGAAGUGUCGCCUUUGCUGGUGACCCUUUCUACCAAGUUGCGAAUGUGAAUCGCUAUAACCUGAACAUACCUGUAGUUCCAGCUGCUGUGACAUUUCCCACUUCCUCGCAACAAGUUGCUGCUAUUGUGAAGUGUGCCGCGGACAAUGGAUAUCAUGUUCAGGCUAAGAGUGGUGGUCAUAGCUAUGGAAACUAUGGCCUUGGUGGAACGGAUGGCGCUGUUGUCGUCGAUUUAAAGAAUUUACAGCAAUUCUCCAUGGAUAGCUCGAAUUGGGUGGCAACAAUCGGAUCUGGAACACUUUUAGGAGACGUGACACAGCAUCUGCAUGAUGCUGGAGGUCGAGCUAUGUCUCAUGGCACUUGCCCUCAGGUUGGAUCUGGUGGCCAUUUCACCAUUGGUGGACUCGGUCCAACAUCGCGACAGUUUGGAGCUGCUCUUGAUCAUAUUGUGGAGGCGGAAGUUGUGCUUGCCAAUUCCAGCAUCGUGACGGCUUCUGAGACUCAAAAUUCGGACAUCUUCUGGGCUAUCAAAGGUGCUGCUUCCGGCUUUGGUAUUGUCACCGAGUUUAAGGUUCGCACUGAGCCUGAACCUGGUACCGCUGUUAAAUACGAAUAUACCCUGAAGAUAGGCAGCACCGAAGAACGGGCCACUUUGUUCAAACAAUGGCAAGCAUAUGUUUCUAAUCCGAAACUGACCCGCAAAUUGGCGUCCACUCUUACCCUUCUUGAAGACACCAUGGUCAUCACCGGUACUUUCUUCGGUACCGAAGAAGAGUACGAGUCCUUGGAUAUUGGUUCCCAAUGGCCCGGUGUCAAUGGGAGUGCUGUUGUUUUUCAGGAUUGGCUUGGUCUGGUCGGUGACUGGGCCGAAGAGGCCGCUUUGGAGCUCGGCGGUGGAAUUGCGUCCAACUUCUAUUCCAAAUCAACCGCAUGGACUCCAGACAAUUUGAUGACUUCUGAGACAAUCGACCAGCUCUUCGACUACAUUGAUAGUGCGGACAAAGGAACAUUGAUCUGGUUUCUGUUGUUCGAUUUCCAGGGAGGCUACACCAAUGAUAUUCCCACAGAUGCGACCGCAUAUGCUCACCGCGAUGUGCUCAUCUGGCUGCAGUCAUAUAGCAUCAAUUUGCUUGGCCCUGUCUCCCAGACGCAGAUUGAAUACUUGGAGCAGGUCAACAAUCUUGUGACAAAUGACAAGGCUCCGUAUGCUGCAUACCCAGGUUAUGUUGAUCCUCUGAUGGCAGCCGGACCCGAGGCAUACUGGGGUUCAAACCUACUACGGCUUCAGCAAAUCAAAAAAGAAAUUGACCCUCAAAAUGUCUUCAAGAACCCUCAGAGUCCCUCGCCUGCGUUUUGA